AUGGCUAGUCCGGAGAAAAAGCAACAAGGAGCCGAGGAAUCGAAAGUUUCGUUGCUUCGUCCAUCUAAAUUCACUACGGGAGCGGAUCAUACUGCUUGGAAUCGCACAUAUGCUCGUUCUAUUGCCAUGCGAAUGGGUAUUCGGCGUGAUGGUGUCACAGAGCAAGCUAUAGACAAUAUAAUGUCCCAUGCGUUGGAAGUUGUUCGAGAUGUGGUAAUGACGGCCACACAUAUUGCUGGCCACGGGAGAAGAACGAAAGUGGAGUCCCGUGAUAUAGAAAACAGCGUUAAUGUACUGAACACAAUCUUCCCAUUCACUUCUUCGCAUGCUCCGUCAAAUACGCAAUUUCGCCUUUCGGAUAUGCUGAACAAGUCUUUAUAUCCUAACAAUCGAUUCGUGGUCGAUCUCCGAUCGAUUAUGAACGUGCCGCCUCGUAGAAUGCCUUUCAAGAGACGAAUAAGAAAGCAUUGGCUAGUUAUUGAUGGCGAACAACCAAGGGUGCCUGAGAAUCCUGUUAUUGCUGCUGAUUCUGCUUCUACCCAAGAAACCAGCAGUUAUCCUCCUGGGCCAAAUGAUUCGAUUAUGGCUAGUUUUUUUCUUUUUGCUCUUUACAGGCUUUGUACUGAGUUUUUGCAAUGCGUUUACGGUAUAUUGGAGGAUGCAGCUCGUGCACAAAGAGCUAUUCACAAGUCGGAACAAUCCAGUUCUCGUCCAGUUACCAGCCAUGUGCUUGCAUUGGACCAACAAGUCUUCUUCCGAAAGUGUGUGGAAACAGUUAUGGGGCCCUCCCCGGAAAAGAGACGAGAGAUCCUUCACCUUCUGGGCUCCGAUCCAGGACUGCAGUCCUUAGUGCCGCGAUUUGCUCUGAUUAUAUUCGAAGGUGUUCGAUGUAACAUCGUACAAAGGAACCUUCCAGUGUUACGGAAUAUACUGAGGUUAUUAAAAACGCUAAUCGAUAACGUACAGGUCAAUUUGGACAAAUGUCUUCAUGAUAUUAUUCCUGCUGUGUGCUCGUGUGUAGUUUGUAGUGAAAUAAGUGCAGAUCCAGACGAUAAGCGACAUUUUCGUGUCCGAGAAUUUGCCGCUUUGAUAUUGGCAAUGAUUUGCAAGAGAACAUAUUUGGCGGAUGUGCGUGCUCGUAUCACGACACUACUUUGUCAGAUUUUCACUGACUCUCGAGCGAGUCUUGCUUCUCUUUAUGGUGCAUUGUAUGCAUUGGGGGAGUUGGGUUGUGAGACUGUUGCGUCAGUUGUUUUUCCUCGACUAGAUCUCCUUCAGCGACGAAUCGCUUCCUUAAAAGAAGCAAAUCCCAUGCGGGCAGGAGAUGCAGAAAAGGUCACGCAUCUAAUUGAGAAAAUGCUCACAAGAUUUGUGCGACGUCGCAAAACGCAGGGUCUGAAUGAAUUAGCCGAUUUCCAGAAAGCGUUUCCUGGAUUUGGAGAGGCUGUGUUCAAGAGAAUAAAAUUAGCCAAUGAGAAGCGUCGAGCUCAAGGGACAAGACCUAGUGGAGUCCAGCAGCCUGGGUGCAUAGAAGUAGGAACAAGAAAAUUGUCUCAGGUCACAAAUUCUGCGAAACGUUACCCUCGGCUACCGCAGCUGCCAUUGCGUGCACCUGGUAUAGUGCGACCAACGCAUGCUUCCAUUGCGAAGUUAAGAAUGUUGAAAUACAGUCAGCGUCAUGCUGGACGGGGACUUUUUCGACAGCCUCCAUCCUCGGCCCCGCCACAACAACGAAUUCCGACUACUACGGAGACUCCUCAGCAGCAAUUCGGAACAAUGCCAACAGGUCCACAACAUCAAAACGUUAUUCCUCAAACGAUCCGUGGACCAAUCACUCAAACGCCAGGACCGUUACCUGCUGUAUCAGUGGAACCAGCCUUCCCCCGCAGACGUCCCCCAGCGACUAUUGUAGAACAAGGGAGGGCACAUCCAGCUGUGACUGUAGAACCUGCCUAUCCCCGAAGGCUACCUGGGCCACCAGGAGGCGGAAUUUUGUAG